CUUUCCAAACAAACAAUGAAUUUGUGUCAAAGGUUACUAGUUAAUCCUAGACUAAUUUCCAGUUAUUCCCAUGGUAAUCAUUCAUUAUGUCUUCUCCAUAAAAGUGAUAUCUUUGUGAGAAACUAUGGUUAUUACCAUAGAAAAUCACAGCUUGAGGACUUUGUGAAAGAUGAGUGCAAAUCGGGUAAGAUAAAAAAGCUUGAUGAUGGUUUAGGAUUCUUUAAUCAAUUGAUUUCAGCAAACCCAUUACCAUCUAUCAUUGCAUUUAAUCAUGUAUUAGGUUCUUUAUCAAAAAUCAGAUGUUAUUCAGAUGUUAUGAACGUGUAUAAGAAGAUGAAUUUACACAGAGUGAAACCAGAUGUUUAUACUUAUAACAUUUUGAUUAAUUGCUGUUGUCUAUUGGGAAGAGUAGAUUAUGGGUUUUGUUUGCUUGGUGUGAUGAUUAAGAAGGGUAAUGUGCCUGAUGCAGUUACUUAUGGUACAUUGGUUAAAGGGUUGUGCGGGAAGGGUGAGAUCCAUGAAGCCUUUGAGGUGUUUGAUAAAAUGACUGACUUGGGUAUUCAGCCUAAUAUUGUUUCGUAUUCAGUUAUUAUUGAUAGUCUUUGCAAAGGGGGUUUGGUUGAUGAAGCUUUGGUUGUGUUUGGUGAGAUGAUGAAGGAUAAAAAUGUUACUCCGAAUGUUGUGGUUUAUAGUACGCUGAUUAAUGGUCUUUGUAAUGCGGGGCGGUUAAGUGACGCAAAGAGAGUGUUUGAUGAGAUGAAUAGGAAAGGAGUGUUUGGGGAUGUGGGGACCUAUAAUUGUAUCAUUCAUGGGAAUUGUCUGCGUAGCGAAUGGAAAGAAGUGAAGAGGUAUUUUGAUGAAAUGGUGAAUCGAGGGGUUUUGCCUGAUACAGUAACUUUCAAUAUAUUGAUAGAUUCUCUGUGUAAAGAAGGGAUGACGCUAAAUGCUUGGGGGUUAUUUGCAAAAAUGAAAAAGUUUGACAUAAAGCCUGAUCGGAUUACUUAUAAUUCAAUGAUUGAUGGUCUGUGUUUGACAGGGCAACUGCAAGAGGCCGUGAAGCUGUUUGAUUCGAUGGUGGAUAGGGACCUUCAACCGAAUGUUAUCACUUGCAAUAUGCUCAUCCAUGGGUAUUGCAAGAAUUACAAAUUGGAUAAUGCUAUGGCGCUCUUCAAGAAGAUGAAAGAGAAUGGAUUGCAACCAACAUUAGUUACUUACAGUGCACUAUUAGCGGGAUUAUACCGAGAUGGAAGAGUUAGGGCUGCACAAAACCUGUUUAAUGAGAUGAAAUCCUUUGGCCAUAAUCCGGACGAAAUUACAUACGGAACAAUCUUGGAUGGCCUCUGCAAGAAUGGGCAUCUUGAAAAAGCAAUUGAAGUAUUUGAAUCCAUGGAGAGCACUGGUUUGAAAGCCAACAUUGACAUGUACACUAUGCUAAUUCGAGGUUUGUGUCUUACUGGGAAAUUGGAAGAUGCAAGGAAAAUGUUUAGUGAAAUCCCAAACAAAGGAUUAAUACCUGAUGCACUAACAUAUACCACAAUGUUGGAAGGGCUCUUUCAUAACAGGAUGUCAUUGGAGGCCAACAAGUUAAUCGUUGAAAUGGAAGAGAAUGGUUGCUUACCAAACGCGAGAACAUAUGAUACCAUCAUAACGGGUUUUCUUGAAGGACAGGAGAAUGACAAGGCAUUGGAAUUUCUUCAGAAGAUGCGCGCAAGACAUUUUGUACCGAGUGAUUCUGUUGUUUCUUUGCUAAUGAGCACUCUUCCGGCAGAUGAGCUUAAGGAUCUAUAGUUUCAUUGCGAAACCUCAUAAUCGAUGAGGUAUCAAUGCAAAUUUAAAUCUCUAUCAAGUUUAUACAUUUCAAUGAAACAUUGCAGGUGUACCUUUGUGAAAAAGCAACAUAGCAUCGGUUUUAUAUUCUGUUCUCUUGGGGUCAUAUGCUUCCCUUUCGCAUUCAUGUAAAUAUUGUUUAAGGUGACAACUGCAAGGUUCCAGGCUGUUGUAGCGAUUUGAUAUGUACAUAUAACAGAUUGGGUUUUCAUGCAGCAAGAGAUGCUUGAAAAGGUCAUAUAGCCUGUAUGCACUUGGGCUAGCAACACUAACAGCUCUGAUGGUAAAGUUAUAAUAACAGCACACCUUGGAAGUUGAAACUUUACUUCCUAUGCCUCCUAGAUUUGAUCUCUAAAGUGCCCCUUGUUUCUGCGAUGCAUAGAAGAAGGGUGUGGUGGGAACAACCGAAGACUUGCCAUGCUUUUGCUUUUCAUACAGUCACCCCUUUCUCAUCCCACUAGUAAACUCAUAUCCCAAUUGUUCCAGUAAUUUUUUUUUCCUAGUGGACAAUAUCCGCUGAUUUUCAGAGUACAAGGCAUUCAUGGAACAUGAGGUUAAUCUUCUGGUAGAUCAAGCACAGAGAAUCCUAACAGCUUUGCUCAAAGGAAGGGUUGUGACACACAGAAAGUCACCUGCUCCCAUUCAUGGAACAGGAGCUGUCUCCGGCAUCAAUACCGUCUUAAUUACUGUGAUAUUCAAUAGCUUGAUCUUUUAAGCAAUUUGUACCCGUGAAAAACUUACAAAUUGGUUUAAUCAAACUAUCAAAGCAUGGCCUUUUGCAUCU